AUGUCCGUCGCCAAUCACCCAAUGUCUUACCACAACUAUCCCCCCCAACAUGUCCAAUGGCAACUCCAGGCUCCUUUGACACCUCCAAUGUCUUCCACCUUCGAGUCCCGGAGAACUUCACAUCCGCCUCACUCGCGCGUCGCCCUCCCACCGAUAGCACAGUUUGACAAGCAACUAUCUGCAAUGCAGCCACUCACACCGCCAGACGAGGUCGGCCCAUCGUCAUCAACAUUGCCGCCAAUAAACGACGCCGACCCCUUCUCUUCAAAGCACCAGCACCCGCCACCUGCACCAGAGUCUCAGCAACACACUCUCGUCAGCGGCGGCCCAGAGUCAAACCCAUACCCAUCGCCAAGCCACUCCCCGUCAUCCCCUGCCCGCACUUCCCCACCUUCGCCAAAACGACAGCCCCCGUCACACCUCCAACUCGUCGCGACGCCUUCAUUCAUCUCUUUUAUGCAAAAGCUGCUCGAAACAACACAGGUUUCGCAGUCGGUCAUCGUUCUGUCACUCCAUUACAUUCACCGGUUGAAGGAGAGGAAUCGGUUCACACCCGCACAGCGAGGGAGCGAGUUUCGCAUCGCCGUUGCUGGCCUGAUGAUGGCGAACAAGUUCUUGGACGACAAUACCUACACCAACAAAACCUGGUCCGAAGUGUCGGGAAUUGAGCUUGAAGAGAUCAAUCGUAUGGAGCGCGAGUUCCUCUUGGGCGUCGACUUCAAUCUCUACGUCGACAAGCCAACUUACGAGUCCUGGCUCAACCUUCUCAAGGGUCUGGUCAUCGCCAAGGAGCGUGAUUUGGUUGCGAGAAGCCGCGCUGAUUCACAUCGACGACGCGAUGCUCGCAAAGUAUCAACCAACGCUCGAAGCAGAGCUGCAGAGUACCACAGGCAAUCCUCGUACCACUUCUCCACGGCACCUCACCCUCCGUCACAUCAGCAAGACUCGUCGUACCCAGGGCAAUAUGCUACACAAGCGGAAGUCUAUGCUACGCCAGCAAGAUUGCCUCCUCUUUCGAGUGCAAUUACUGCCCCUUACUAUCCGCGAGCACGCUCGACAUCGCCCACACCUGCUGGUUCCUACGGAGCAAGGUCUUCACGACGCGAUUCGGCUUCCACCCUCGAUUCGUACAUGGAGUCAACCUCGACCGGCGUUUACCAUCAUCACCAACCUACACAACAGGCCCCCCAGCUACGGGUCGAUACCUCUCAACCCAAGCCGUCGUGCUCGAACAAGCGAACUGCAGAAGCUGCCUUCUCUCCCACUUCUGCCUCUUUCGCCAACCUUCCCAGCAAACGACCUAGCUCCAUGAUCUUGCAGAUUCCCGAUUCCAGUUAUAGCACUGGGAUGUCUUCCUCCCACGACUCUGCCGGUGGUCCGCACUCGUACAGUCCACUCGAGAGUCUUUCGAGCUUCGCGAGCAUGAGCCUCGCUAAUGGCGGUGAUGUCAGUCCAGAACGACAGCAGCAAUCGCGGCGACACUCUCAGCACCAGCCCCUUCCGGUCGUACAGCCGCCAUCCCACCACGAACCCAUCGUCCCUUCGACCUUGGUUGCUCCUUAUUCCUAUUCCGUCGAGAAUCAGCGACAGCGAUCUCAACCCCAGGAACUCUACUUUUACACCCUCGCUUCUUCGCCGAUGGACGGCCCGACGCGAUCUCGUUCUCGUAGGGAGCGAAGCCAGGCGAGUGAGGACAUUGAGAUGCCCGCCGAAGCUGAAGAUCACGAGAUGGGCGAAGGAGAUGAGGAAGAGCAGGAGAUCAACGGUCAAAGGUUGCGAACGAGGAAGGGCAAGUUGAUGCGUUGGUACCGUGGAGCCGAGACUCAAUCGACAAACGGGUACUACGCCUACGACUACUCGAGGACUCACAGCGGGUGCCGUCAGCCAUCGACUUCUGGUUACUACGUCAGCGAUAAGUCCGCUGCUCAACCAGAGUAUUCCCCCACAUAUGGCUCGAGUAGUCUCGCCCCUCCACUCGGAAGCCAGAACACUCUCCCCCCUCUGGCACAUCCCGUUCCCCGACCUCAUAUCGGUGUGGUACAGAGUGCGUCCACGAGUCCGAGCGGGAUCUACCUGCGCGAUCUCGGAUACCCCGGCUCUGCUUACCCCCAGCAGCAGCAGCAGCACUCACAGCAGCACCAGCCACAGCCCCCUUCACAACCUCAAUCGGGCUCGUGGUACUCGGCAUCGUACCAUCCCUCACCUGUCCAGUCCAAGUCCGACCUUUACCCGUUGUAUCGCGAUCCCAAACCCGUCACAUACGCAUCAUCAACAACGUCCUCUUCGGCCGCAGCACCAGCAUCCCAUCCGAAUCCUGUCCAUUCCACGUCCGCUGUCCCUGCUCUGCCACACUACCACGAUAACAUCUGGGCCAAGCCCCCUGCUGUCGUCUCGCUCGCUGUGCGUCGCCAACAGGAGCUUCUUGACGAGGACGGGAGGAGUGAUGUGGGCAGUGACGAGUAUGUGAAUGGCGGUGAAGGCAGUGGAUCACGGUCUGCGGGGAGCAAUGCGUGCUGCGCUCCUGCCAGUGGUGUGUACUAUGGAUCUACGACUACGGCGACAACGCGUUCCUCGUCCGAGGCUGUACCGCCACCACCGGGGCAGGCGCAGACACAGGUACAGGAGAGUGCUGUGCCUACUGCACCUUUCGCGAAUGCGGGUCCUGCGGGUGUGCAUGUUCCGUUUACGGAUUAUUCGGGGUACGGUGGGAGGGGGCAUGGGGGGUAUUCGUAUGGGUAUCCUCCUCAGCCUCAGGGGUAUGGAGUGGGCAGCCUGCGGUGCAUCAUCAACCGCCGCAGCACCCACACCAGCCGCCGACGGUUCAAAACCACCAACCUCGGUAUGGCGAUGAUUGGUCUCGAGGUCAUCGUGAAUAUUGAUUUUGCUAUGAUGUUCAAGUUCUUUUUGAUUUGUUCACGAUGA